ACCGCAGAAAGUUCUAGUACCUACCAACUUCUAGUUGGUUCUACUUGAUAACUACUUUAGUUCUGAUAACGUCGCAUGAUUCAUUUCACCGCCGAUAUAUAAACGAAGUUCAAUAACAAAGACCAAACAGUGCCUUUUUCAUGGGAAGACUGCAGUUAAUUACAGCCGUAAUACAGAAGUAGAUUAUUUUUUCUAAAAUCUUUAAAAAGAAUUAAAAGAAAUAGUGAUACACCAUGGUAGUAUUCUUUACAGACCAUCUGCGGGCAAAGGGUGCGCAAAUCUACCCUUUGAAGCCGGAAGUGAAAGUUCCCGAUAGACCGAUCAUCAAAAGUUUGAACAGUGUUCUCCAGGACGUAUAUGUGCGUUUCAUAGCACUAAGAGACAAGGAUUUCGAGAAAUACUUCAAUGUGUUCAAAACAAUAUUCUUUAAGUUGCAUGAAUUGAUGAAGGAGGUGGAUCCAUACUAUGAGCAAUAUUCCAGCAAUGUACUAUACGCAGGCAGCCACUAUGACAAACUUCGCAUCAACAAACCCGAUGAGUUCGACAUGGACAUCGUGAUCGGGUUACCCGUGAACGCGGAUGAGAACCCGCAACACCCGGCCAAGAGCGACGUGGUUAUUGAGGACAUUGCCCCCGGGUUCGUGCGGUUGAAGAUGGGCAAGCAGUUUCAGAACCUGCCGAAUAGGGACCAGAGGGCAGAUUGGGAAAUUAACCAGACUGCCUACAGUUGGCUAGACGAUGACAACUACCUGCUUCGCUCACAGUUCAUGUACUGGUUCAAAAGUGUGGUUGACAAAAGCCAUGAACCAUUUGAAAUAAAUGUAAUAAUAAUAUAUUUUUCGAUGUGA